AAAUAAAUCGAAAGUUCGAAUAGUUCGAAUCUGCUAGUGCAGAAGCUCUCAAAUACCCGCCGAGAUGAGCGAAUCCACUCUCUGCUGCGACUGCGAGGAAUCAACUCAUUGACCGAAACCACUGCCUCACAACUCCCACUCAGAGUACUUGCUCUCUUCCAAUGGAGGCUGGGACGGAAUUGAAUAAAGAAAGUGAGAAAUGUACUUCCAUGGACUCUCAUUUACAGUGGAGUCAGUGGCAAUUGCUUGAUUCCAUCCUUCCUACAGGUGGGUUUGCUCAUUCUUUUGGUCUUGAGGCAGCAAUCCAAACUCGUAUAGUAUCAGGUCCUGAGGAUCUUCGAACUUUUGUGAUCCAUGUGUUAGAGAAUACUGGAAGCUUACUCCUUCCUUUUGUUUAUUCUGCAACCUUGUCACCUAAUUUGGAAACCUGGCAUAAACUUGACAGAACAUUAGAUGCAAUGCUCACAAAUGAAGUGGGUCGAAAGGCAUCAAUUGCACAAGGAUCAGCACUUAUAAGAGUGGCUGCUGCUGUCUUUUCAGAAAUCCCCUCUCUUAAAUCCAUGAGAGAUACCUCUCUGGGUUCUGGGGUUGUUUCUUUUCACCAUGCUCCUAUAUUUGGGCUUAUAUGUGGACUUCUUGGGUUGGAUAGUAGAACCUCUCAGAGAGCUUACUUGUUUAUUACAACGAGGGAUGUUAUCUCUGCUGCAACAAGGUUGAAUUUGGUAGGACCUAUGGGUGCAGCUGUAUUGCAGCAUCAAAUUGUUCUUCUUGCUGAAGCUAUCCUGGAAAAGUGGAUGGACCGUAAUGCUGAGGAAGCAUGCCAAACAAUUCCUUUGCUUGAUACUGUGCAGGGUUGCCAUGGUUACCUGUUUUCUAGAAUGUUCUGCUCUUGAAACCCCAAAAAAAUUGCAUCAAUUUGUUGUCUUUGUUGUUCUACACUGAUGACUGAUGCUACAGCCUCUGUGGGAUAGGCUUAUACAGUCAGUUGUAAAAUCACUAGUCAUUGAUAUUUCCACCAAUUUUUCCAUGCCUUCAGAAAAUUAAAAUCACUAGCUAUAUUUCUAAAACUGAUACAGUACACAUAUUCUGUUAGCAAAAAGAAAGCAAUUCUAAAGAUUGUUUUCGCGCAAA